AUGCCUCUCUGGGAUAGUAUUUAUCAAUUAGCUGGCUCUUAUGACAUGCCUUGGCUGGUAGGGGGAGAUUUUAAUGUAGUGAUGAAUGAAGAGGAGAAAAUAGAUGGAGUUCCUAUAGUCCCUCAGGACUAUGAGGACAUUGCCUUUUGUGAUAGAAACACCAGGUUUUUUCACAACUUAGUAAAUGGAAGGAGAAAAAGGUUACAGGCGAAUAAAAUUCAAAUAUCUGAUGGUGAGUGGAUAGAAGAUAAGGAGCAACUUGCAGCAGAAGCAGUUAACUUCUUCCAAAAACAAUUCUCUCAAGAGGAGGAGGCUCUAGAUUUUGGCAUGUUGAAGCAUAUUCCACAGAUGGUCUCUUCUGAAAGCAAUGAUUUGCUUUGUGCACUUCCAUCCCUAGAAGAAGUAAAGAAUGCUGUCUUUGAACUUAAAGGAGAGUGUGCUCAUGGAAUGGAUGUAUUCAGACUGGUACAGGCUUUCUAUGAAGGUCAUACUCUCCCAAAAUCAGUAACUCAUACUAAUUUGGUGUUGAUCCCUAAGAAAUCAGAAGUUCACACUUUUGGGGAUCUCAGACCAAUUAGUUUGAGUAACUUCAUAAACAAGGUCAUUUCAAGAGUGGUUCAUGGAAGACUGGAUAAGAUUGUACCAGGCUUAAUCUCUAGUAACCAGUUUGGUUUUGUGAAGGGAAGAAGCAUUAUUAAGAAUGUGUUACUCACUCAAGAAAUUGUCACAGAUAUUAGAAAGAGAGGUAAACCUGCAAAUGUGGUGAUUAAGUUAGAUAUGGCUAAGGCAUAUGAUAGAGUGUCCUGGCUGUAUUUAACUAAGGUGCUGAGAAGAAUGGGAUUUGCAGAAAUCUUUGUGGAUCAGAUAUGGAGGUUGUUGGCAAAUAACUGGUAUUCAGUUUUGUUUAAUGGCCAAUCUUAUGGUUUUUUCCACUCUACAAGGGGUGUGAAGCAAGGUGAUCCACUGUCACCUGCUCUAUUUAUACUUUCAGCAAAAGUGCUAUCUAGUGCACUUAAUUCUUUAUUUGAGCAUGAUCAGUAUAGGCGCUUUGGUAUGCCUAAAUGGAGUGCGAACCUUAAUCAUCUUGCUUAUGUAGAUGAUACCAUCAUCUUUGCAUCAGCUGAUAAACUAUCAUUGGAACUGACUAUGAAUGUUUUGAGAGAUUAUGAAAAGAUGUCAGGUCAAUUGAUAAAUAGAGAGAAAAGUUUCUUUUACAUGCAUCAGAAAUCAGCAGUGCAGUUAUGUCAAGAAGUUGAGCAGGAGGGAGGAUUGGGAUUUAGGUCCCCUUUUGAUGUAUCAAAAGCUUUAUUCACUAAGCUAUGGUGGAGAUUCAGAACUUCUGGUACCCUGUGGUCAACAUUCAUGUGGAAUAAGUACUGUAAGAAACAUAUUCCAACCAGGGUUCAAUGGAAAGGAGGCUCACAAUUAUGGAAGAAGAUGCUAGAAGCAAGAGAUGCUAUAGAAGGGGAGAUUUGGUGGGAACCAAGAAAUGGUUCUGCUAACUUUUGGUUUGACAACUGGACUAAACUUGGUCCUCUUGCUCAACUUAUGCCAGCUAAUUUCCCUAUGGAUGACAGUAUUCAGGAGGUUGCAGAUGUUAUGGAGAAUGGGACUUGGAAUUAUCAGACAUUGCAACAAACUGUGCCAGAAGAUAUUGUUGAUCGUAUAAGAAAAGAGAUGCACAUUGACACUCUCUCAGAAAUUAUGGAUAAGGCCUGGUGGAUGCUCACUAGUAGUGGUAAAUACACUGUUAGUAGUGCAUGGGAAGUAGUAAGACAAAGAAGUGCCUCAAACUGGUGUUAUAAGCAAUUCUGGACAAAAGGUUUGCCUUUCAAGAUUGCUUUCUUCUUGUGGAGAGUGUGGAAGCAGAAGUUACCUGUUGAUGAUGUACUUGCAAAGAUGGGGAUAUCUAUUGUGUCUAUAUGUAGGUGUUGUGCUCAUCCCCAACAAGAAACAAUGAACCAUAUGUUUGUGACAGGUCAAUAUGCUGCAGAUAUAUGGAAGAUGUUCUCAGCAGCAGCAGGUGUGCAAGGCCCUUUUAUUCAAGUUAAUCAAGCUAUCAAGAAAUGGUGGGACACAAAGUGCUCUUCAAAGCUGAAACCAUUAUAUCAAGCAACUCCUGCAAUCAUACUUUGGCAACUUUGGAAAAGAAGAAACACAGUUUUGCAUGGUGGUAACAUGUCUAGGCAUAGGGUCAUAUAUGAGAUUAAUCUUAAUCUCAUUCAACUGGCCAAAACUAGAUAUCCAUGGAUGACAAAUUUGCCAAACUCUUGGCCUCAGCUGGUACAGCAUUUGGAAGAAUAUAGGCCUCAGAUACAGUUCAUACUGGUUCAAUGGAUUAGUCCUCCUGCAGGAUGGUUCAAAUGUAAUAGUGAUGAGGCAAAAGCAAUGCAUGAUGGCAUCAUAUUUUGUGUAAUACAGCAGCUUCUACCACUGAUAUUAGAGACUGAUUCACUUGGUUUAAUGAAGAUAAUAGAAGGGGAUUGGGAAGUUCCAUGGAGUAUUAGUACUCUUAACUUUGAGCUAUUUACUGAACUACCAACUGCAGCUAGGAGACUUGUAAACAUGGAUAAAAUGCAUUUGCCAAGCUUCAGAUUUAAAACAGAAUAUCAAGGUGGAGGUAGUUCAAGAUUAAGUUUAUCUGCUCUUGAGUCUGGUGCUAAGAAAAUUCUAUCCAAUUUGCAAGUUGGAAGGAUACUUCUUUUGGCAUUUGAUUACAUAGCACCUGGUGAGAGCUUGAGGUGA